AGCGCGACGCCCCGCCCCUUUCGCACAGACGCCGGGAAGAAAGGGGUGGGGCCACGUGAGCGUCGGCGCCAUCAGGCCUGGGGAGGCGGCGAGGGCUGUUUUCAGUGUAUGGUUUUCCCUGCCAAGCGGGUCUGCUUGGUGCCAGCGAUGGAGGGCGUGCGCUGGGCCUUUUCCUGCGGCACUUGGCUGCCGAGCCGAGCCGAAUGGCUGCUGGCGGUGCGAUCGAUCCAGCCCGAGGAGAAGGAGCGCAUCGGCCAGUUCGUCUUCGCCCGGGACGCUAAGGCAGCCAUGGCUGGUCGACUGAUGAUAAGGAAAUUAGUUGCAGAGAAAUUGAAUAUCCCUUGGAAUAAUAUUCGUUUGCAGAGAACUGCAAAAGGAAAACCAGUUCUUGCGAAAGACUCCUUGAAUCCUUACCCCAAUUUUAACUUUAACAUCUCUCAUCAAGGGGACUAUGCUGUACUUGCUGCUGAACCUGAGCUACAAGUUGGAAUUGAUAUAAUGAAAACUAGUUUUCCAGGUCGUGGUUCAAUUCCAGAAUUCUUUCAUAUUAUGAAAAGAAAGUUUACCAACAAAGAAUGGGAAACAAUCAGAAGCUUUAAGGAUGAAUGGACUCAGCUGGAUAUGUUUUAUAGGAAUUGGGCACUGAAAGAAAGCUUCAUAAAGGCCAUUGGUGUUGGACUAGGAUUUGAAUUGCAACGGCUUGAAUUUGAUAUAUCCCCCUUAAACCUGGAAAUAGGCCAAGUUUAUAAAGAAACACGUUUGUUCCUGGAUGGGGAAGAGGAAAAAGAAUGGGCAUUUGAGGAAAGCAAAAUAGAUGAGCACCAUUUUGUUGCAGUAGCUCUUAGGAAACCCGAUGGAUCUAAAGAUAAGGUUCCAUCCCAAGAUGAUUCUAAACCAACCCAGAGGCAGUUUACUAUUCUCACCUUUAGUGAUUUAAUAUCAUCUGCUGUUCCUAUGACCCCUGAAGAUCCUUCGUUUUGGGACUGUUUUUGCUUCACAGAAGAAAUUCCAAUACGAAAUGGUACAAAGUCAUGAUGCGAUUCCCUAAGUAACAAAGGGAAGUGAAAACUGUAGUCUUUAUCCACUAAAAAAUAAAUGCCUGAUAGCAUCAAAUUUUAUUUCACAAAACAGUUUUAAAAAAACAACUUUUUCUAUUAAAAAAGCUGACUCCCAGUUCAAGUAGCUCAGUAGAUUACAUGGUUACCUCUUCUUCUUCCCCCAAAUUGCAUUGGAUUGACAGAAGGAAUAGAAAAAGUUGGCAGAAUGUUAAAGUGAUACAUAUUCAUUGUAGAAAAAAGUGGAAAGUGCAGAUAUAUGAAAAGGAAACAUUUAAAUUCCUAUCUUUCAGAGAUACUGAUCCUAAAACCUAGAUUUUCUUUUCAGAUGUUUUUCUUGGCAGAUGAAUCCAUGUUAAUAUGCUUGGGUGUUUUUUGAAAAAUGGGAACAUACUGUUUUGUAAUUUUUUCUCUUAACUGCACAUCUGUUCAUAAAUAUACUUCUGUGGCAUAACUUUUAGUGGCACUAAAGUUUUCUGUUGUAUGGCUAAUAUCAGUUAGGAUGCUUUUGACCAGAAGUAACAGUGUCCAAAUAUAAUCGGCUGAAGUAACCAAGGGCAUUUAUUAUCUCACGUAACACACAUUUCAGAAGUGUCAUUAAGGACACUUUUUUUCUUUUUGCCUCGGUCUGAUUUUAUUGAUUUUGCUUUAGGUUUGCCUCCCUGGUGGGCAUAAGAGCUGCUGCUGUAACUUCCAGUUUCACAUCCUCAAAAAAUUGCAUCUAAAAUUCAAGAAAGGCCAUUUUCUCCUCUCACAUCUCAGUUUUAUCCUUGAAGAAAACUUUUUCCCAAGAGCCCCCAGAAGAUUUUCCUUCAGUUUUCAUUGACUCAGAUCAGGUCACUGAGAAAGCCAAUAUCUGACAUUAUUAGCCUCUAGAAAGUAGACUCUUGGUAAGGAAAAAGCUAAGGCAGGGUUGGGGGAACGGCAUUGAGGGGAACCCACUGCCUGCCGUGAGGCGGGUGUGCCACGAUUUACUCUCUUUCCUCUGUUAGACAUUUUGUCUGCAGUUUUUACUAUAAGCAGUGGUGCAACGCAUAUCCUUGUAACCACAUUUUGAGGUACGUGUUUAACUAUGUCCUUCAGAAAGUUUCUACAAGUGGAAUGAUUGUUUCAAAGGGAUUAAACAUUUUUUUAGAGCUUUGGUAAGUAUUGCCAAAUUACUCUCCAAAAAGGGUGUACAGUUUAUUCUUCCAGUUAGUGUUAUGUGUCUGACUACCCCUCACCCCCCUACAUACUCCCUGGUUAAUUGUUGAUUAUUUUUUUAAUUUAAUCUUUUCCAACAUAAGUGAAGAGUGGUACCUUAUUUUUUAAAUUUGUAUUUCUUUCAUUACAAGUGAGGUCAACGUGUCAGUGUUGUUAUUGACUAUUCCUUUUUUUAUGAACCACCUGUUCAUUGCCUGUUUUGAUUUUAGUAAAUAGGACUUAAUUUAAAGUGGGAACAUAAUAUAUAAAAUGCCACGACCAUCAUAUUGAUGACAGAAUCUGUUACAUGGUUGUAGUGCAUGUCUUGGGAGUUAAAGUCUUGUUGAGUAUCAAGAAGUGAAAUAAUUUCAUUGUUUCUAUUACUAAAAUUAAAAGUUGUGUGUAAAUUGUAUAAAAUUAGAUACUUUGCUUGGUAAAAAAAAAUUUGGAAUGUUUUGUAAUCUUUUUAAUUUUAUUAAGCAUGCCCAAGUAUUCUAAGCAUAGUAAAUAAUGUGUUUUAAAAAGAUCAAGUAGUAUUUGUAAUAGAGGAAGCAUUGUUAUCCCUAGCAUGAAUGUAAUGGUGAUUUGAAAAACUGUCAUCUGUCUUGUCAUUAUAAUAAUAAAACGAUUAACAUUAUGGAAUUUCUGUGA